UGUGUACUUCCGGUUAUCUUUUGGCAACAGAUCCAAACACGUCUUGAACAAAGUUACAAACGUCCAUCAUGACGCACAAUAUGCAGUCGUACAUGGACAAACACAGAAUUGGUCCCCUGUUUGAGGACUUGAUGAAUAAGCUGCUGCGAGACACACCAGACGAUCCAAUGGUUUACCUCUUACGAGUUAUCUAUAAAAAAUCUGGUCUUGAGAUGCCACAGGAUCUCAAGGCACAUGCAGGAGGAGUAAGAAAAAGUACUGACCCAGAGCUUAAUAGAAGCUACGACAAGCCAUGGAUGUCACAAACGAAAAAAUUAAAACCAAAAAAAUCUGGAGAAGAUAUUCAAAUGUCCAAAGCGAGAAAGCAGCGUUCCGAGUGGAACAACGACAAGAAGGUGAAGGCCACAUCAUUCGAUGAUAUGUGGGAGGAGCAUCAACCUGUUCCCAAAGAAACUGGUGUCCGCCAUUCUGAGCCGGCUCACUCCGUUAAACGGGGGUGGGCGAAAGUUGGCUUGGAGGAUGAUGGCGAGGUUUACAGUAGCCAUGGUUACCGUGGACCGUAUCAUAACAUGGAGAAUGAAGAUCCUCUGGCAUCGGAGAUCAUUCCAGUAUCAUAUCGAGAUCAAGAAACAAAACAAUCCAUGGUCUCCACCAGACCGAGUGUGAGAAAUGUGAAAAUGACGUCGCGACAGCAUCGCGCUCAGCUGGAGAAGAUGCUACAUUCCUCAAACAAGAAAGACGUGGAUUUGGGAUUCGGCGGAGAUUUGGACGACGAAAAUGAUGACGCAAUUGAACUGCUAGAGGAUCCCAAUGAAUUGGCAAAUGAAGGCGUAACAAAAAUUUCAAAAUCUGGUUAUAAACUCAGCAAGAUUUUGAGACAAAGAAAUGAACAAACUCAAGUCAAACUCAAUAUUCACUUGUUUCCUCCUUCAAAAAGCCUCCCAUACAAGCACAUGCGUGGGUAUGGAGACUACCCUGAGUCUAGUACUUACGAGAGUGAAGAGGAGCGUGUGCGAUCACCAGGUACUUUGUACAGUACGCAACACAACAAGAGUCAACCACCCACCCUUGGCCAGUCCGGUUUAGAGAGUGAUGAUGAAUUUGAAAGUGUGUCGCAGGUUGCCGGACCGAGAAAGCCAGUUUGGAGCGUCCCCGAUUCAGAUGGUGAAAGUUUUUUUGCACCCAGACCUGGUUUUACUUCACCUGUCCCCAAUAAAUCUCCGGCCAAACGUAAACAAAAACAGAGAGGUUUGGCGGCCACACUUCCGGCUGGUUUUGGUAAACCAUUCAGCUACACGAGCGGACCUCUUCAACCUGCGGGUCGUGAUGGACUGAGCACCUGGGCGCCGGGUGACGGAUCCGACGCAGAGAGAGAGACCGCAGUCCCGGCUGACAACAUCCGAGCAUCUAUCCAGUCAGAUCAGGGGAGAGGUUGGGUUUUACCCGAUGACUCGGAUGCAAGUGUCACUGACUAUGCCUCACGUUCUAAAACAUACAGGAUGGAUCCUAGAGCGUAUUAAUCUACUCAAGACAUAGAAAGAAUACUAGUAGUCUACAUUAUAUCGUACAUCAGUUUGUUGGACAGUGGAAAAUGGAAGAACUUUGAUGACAGAACAUUACAUUAAACACAUAUUUAUUAUCCAUAUGGUUCAUCAUAACCAAGUUAAUAAUAAUCAUACCAAGCACACGUGUAAUAACAAGUGUAAUGUCGUAAUUGUAGGAAGUGAUGUCAUAACAUGACGUUGCU